CUAACCUGAUAACCUCUAUAAAAGCAAAUCAAUACCCUCCCUUUCCUCCGGCCAGUCACCGGAGAAGAGAAUCGCGCUGAAACCAAUGGCUACCAGUAAGAGCUACUUUGCUAGACAAAACUACCGAUUUUUGUCCAGCGACCAAAACCUUCACGCGCCACUCACCCACGACUCCGCAUUCGAGCUUGAUGAGUCGGACGUUUACAAUAACUCAGUUGCAACUCGCUCAAACUCGCCUGAGUUUCAUAAAGCUGUACAGAGUUCGAGACUCAACAAGAAGUCCACAGCAACAGUAGCGACUAGACUCACGGAUUCUGGAGAUAGAACAGCGGGGACUCCAUCUUCACUUCCGGUUAACAUACCGGACUGGUCGAAGAUAUUGAAAGAAGAGUACAGGGAGAAUCGAAAGACAGAUAUCCACGACGACGAUGACGACGUGGACGGCGAGGAUUAUUUCGAUGGAGGAGCGAGAGUUCCACCGCAUGAGUUUUUGGCGAGACAGAUGGCGAGGACGAGGAUCGCAUCGUUCUCGGUGCAUGAAGGAGUAGGGAGGACAUUGAAAGGGCGGGAUUUGAGUAGGGUUAGAAAUGCAAUUUGGGAGAAAACUGGGUUCCAAGACUGAAAAAGAACAGAAAUUAAGGUCUUUUUUAUAAAUAUCGGAAAAAUAACAUCUGCAGGAUUUCUAGAGUACGUGAUUGAUGUUUUCUUUUUUCAUAUAUAUAUUAUAUAUAUAUAUAUUUUUGGGGUGGGGGUUUGGCAUUUUUAAAUAUAUUUUUGAAAUUUUCAUGAGUGACUCUGUAUCGUUUUAUGCUGGUGAAAUGCUAUUGCUAACAUCUUCGAGAUUGUAUCAGAAAUGGCAGAGAAAAUUUUCCUGUUUUUAUUUUUA